CUGUUGCCGGUGCACGACCGGUGACCCGCGGAGAAGUGCACAUCGCCGUCGGAACGACGGUUGCUCGGACUGUGCGGCUUUUUCGUCACUAAGAAUAUCGCGUUGAUAGUGUACGAUUAAGGCACGAUUACGGUCGCUGUCGAGCGCAAUUCUGGGUGCUAAAGAAUAAAACUCAGGUGAGAGAUGCAGCUAGUGCGACGGAAAAGGAGCUCGGCUGGCCACCCGGACCGUCUGCAUCCGCGGUCAUGACGACAUCGAGGGAAGUCGUCCAGAGUGCAUCAACGGCGGCGUUGUCCUGCGAAACCUCGACACCAACGGUGGAGUUUUAGUGACCGUUAUUCUCGUCAUUUUCGCCUCGUACUGCCAUCUUGACUGGAAAAUACGAAGGCAUGGUUUAUACGUUACUACGUGCACGAAUGGGAUUGUGGCUCCUCCUCAUGCUGGAAGAGCCCAAGAUAAUGUGUCCCAGCUUCGAGUGCCCGACGGAGUUUGGAUGCCGUGUAGUACGUGAACGUUACACGGGUUGUGCUCACUGCGACUGUGCGGAUAUCAACAGUGCGACGAUUGAGACUGAUGAACGACGUAGAAAACCUUUAAUUAUAGACGAGCUUCUCGAGUGUCCUCGGUUACGCUGCCCCACUGAGCAUGGCUGCUACGUUCUGCAGAGGACCGGGAAGUGCCCCUACUGCAAAUGCGCGUUGGUGGGCAGCCUCUCAUGUCCGCCGAUCGGGAACUGCCCGGAGGAGUACGGUUGUCUCGUCAGGCAGAGGAGAGGAAAGUGCCCCUAUUGCAAAUGCGGUUACAUGAAGCAAGGCCCACGCAGUGGGGGCUAGGGCGAAUACAAGAAGACGCAUGCAUGGCCUUGACGACGAGCGUGUGGACAGAGAACAGAUUACGGGGACCUUUCAUUUGCUCUGAAUUCUACUACAUAUGUCACAUGGGCUACAAUAUACACAGACUCACCACUGUCCGAGAACCAUUUGCUCGAUUCUUUUAUUUAAAUCACGCAGUGUAAUGAAUAAAUUAUAAUUAAUUAAACACGACUAAUACGAGAAAACGUAACUACAUGCCGAAUAAAAGUGUGUGCUUCUUAACACGCAUCACUUGAUCACUCAUUCUGCC